CCUUCUAGACAAACAACUACUAGAAGAACAAGCUGGCUUUCGAUCAAACCGUUCAACAAUCGACCAGAUAUUCAUUCUCAAAAUGAUAAUGGAGAAAUCUCGCAACAACAACAAGCCUCUUCAUAUGUGCUUCAUCGACAUUAUGAAGGCUUAUGAUUCCAUCGAUCGUGCUCUUCUUUGGCAAAUAUGUCGCCAUUACGGUCUUAGUGACAAGAUUGUUCGAAUGCUCCAACUUCUUUACAAAGACACCAAAGCACAGGUUCGGAUAAAUGGAGAGCUUUCCGAUUCAUUCGACAUCAAUUCUGGCGUUCAACAAGGUGGCAUUCCCUCAUGUAUCCUCUUCAACGUCUUAUUCGACUUCAUCAUGCGUCGUGUCAUUGAACAAGUGAAACUCCUUGGUAUAACUAGAAUCAAAAUGGCUUAUGGUAGUAAUGAUUUCUUUCAUUCUGCAAAUGCUAACUAUGAAGAUUUUGAUGUUUUCCUCUUGCUAUAUGCUGAUGAUCUAGUCAUGAUGUGUGACAGUGCCACUGAUCUCGAACUCUCCAUCCAAUGUUUCGAACAAGUGACACAAGAAUUCGGACUUACAAUGAGUGUGAAAAAGACAUGCAUCAUGUCCCUUAAGCAACUACAACAAGAUCUUACAACAAACAAAGUCAUCAAAGGCCAAGAAGUUGACAAUCCAAACCUGACAAUAACCAUUCGAAACGAAACAAUUGAAACUGUCAGCGAAUUUCGUUACCUCGGAUGUUACGUAACAAGAGAUCAAUAGAUCGAGAAAGAACUUGAAACUCGUCUUGCCAAAGCCUCAACAGCAUUCAAUAUGCUACGGCAUGUUAUCUGGUGUAGAAAAACCGUUUCAAUUCAAGCCAAACUACGUAUCUUUCGAGCUUGCGUCCUCCCGGUUCUCCUGUAUGGCAGUGAAGUAUGGUCAACAACUGCAGCACAAGAACAACGUCUCAAUACCUUCUACCUCAGAUGCCUGAGAACUUUAAUUGGAGUUAGUUUGGAUGAUCGUAUGCCAACCGAACAACUGUUACAGCUCACUGGACAACCACAUGUAAGCGAUAUUCUCAGCAGAAAUCGUCUUCGUUGGUUUGGGCAUGCAAAUAGGAUGCAAACAGAGGGCCACGAAUCAUUAAUGGUCAAGAAAGCCAUGUUUGCCUACUUUCCUCAAUCGGUCAAACCACGAAACUUCGGUAACCGAAAACAAUGGCAAGAUAAGAUUAGUGAAGACGUAGAUAAUUUCGAUAUUCGGAAUUGGCGACGAGAAACACUCAAUCGUAAGAAAUGGCGAGAUACAAUCAACAAAUAUGUUCACUCAAACGUACCUUCCUCAAAUAUCCUGGAAGUCGUACAACAAUACAAACAAAAGUCACAACAACGACGAGCUACAACAAACGCACCUCCUCCUCCUAAGGUCACUGACAUCCUAGCCAAGCAAGGUCUCAAGAAUCUCGAUGGUACAUAUACAUGUUCGAAUCCAAAGUGUUCAAGGGGAAUGUUUAAGGCUCAAGAUAUUACUGGACAUGUCAAGUCGUGUGCAAAGGAAUGGUGCAAAAAAAUGGAAUUUUGACGAAAUGAUGCAAGAUGAAAAAGCUGAAUCAGUUUACCUCGCACCUCAUGAUGAAUAUAACUCAAACCAGGCUCGCAAGGUCUGGAGGUUGUAUUUGGAAAACGGCACCUGGUUCUGCGACUCUACGACGAUCAAUCACGAAAUCAACCGAACAACUAUUCAUACUUUUGUGUGAACACAAACUCUUCUUUCUCCUUUUUUUUUCGUUUUUGUAUCUAGUGUUUUUGGUCUUCACCCUACACCAGUGAGGUAAGGGUAUAAUAAACUAAAAACGUACUGAAAUGCAUCUAUUGUAAUUUUUCAAAACGCUUUUUGUAUCGUCUGUGUAAAUUUGAACGAGCCUUUUUAGAAUAAACGGAUCCAAAUAAGUUCAGAUUAGUUAUAAAACGCGUCUCCAGACAAAGUGCUUUCAUCUUUGCAUCUGGCGGCGUUUAUAACUGCAGAGGAUCUGAAGUCAAAUAUGGCCAGAGAUAUACAUAGAAAAGACUCAAAGAAAAAAUCCCAAAGACAUCAGUAUACAAAGCGAGAUUAUCUAGGUGUAAAUAUGUUUACUAUUACAUGAAAGAUAGAGAAAAAUAUUUUAACCAAUCCUAAGUAUAUAAUAUUAUAGACAAUAGAAAAAUAGAAAAAAACAAUGCACUGAGAAUCACAAUUCGUGUUCAUCGUUCUAUUUAAAACGAAGCAUGACAAAAAAAGAAAAUUAAGAGAAUUGAUAACCAUUUCAAGACAUUCUGUAUUCUUAUCGAGAGCACAACAUUCAACUCGAUCCUAAAAUCAGGAAAGCAAUUGUCAGCAGACUUCGCCUACUACCCACAAAAAAACCUUUAUUGUUGAAAUAGAAUCAGACAUAUUUUGUUGAUAUUUAACUCAUGUAUGCAAUAACAAAAAAAAUGAAAAAAUUAACAAUGUUGUCUUCUUGACCAACGACUGAAUAAUUACCUUGUUCUGUGAAUAACAAAGACAGUAAGACGAAGAAUCCUAUUGUGGGAGGUGUGGGUUUGGUUGUUAUUGAAGAGAAGAUCUACAACCACGCCCAAUACACGAUUAAAGAUGAAAUCAAGACGAAAAUUUUGAACGGGCGCUCGGAAUACCAAAAAGACCAGCUCUACGACCUUGGUUGCGGUAAAGGAAGAUCACAGAUUUGGGCCAUGCCUUUAACGACUAAAGUUUAUUACCUUUUCCGAGAUGAGUUUCAUGUUACCUAUAUACUAUGAUGUUCACUGGGGCGCGUAUGGAAUUAUGCGUAAAAGGAGUGUGUGCAGGAAUGAAUAUUCUUAUGUUUGUAUAGAAUGCGUGUUCUUGCGAGUCGAUUUUGUAGUUUAAUUCUUCCCUGUUCUCUUAUUGGUUUUACGUGUAAAUAAAGACUCAAAUGAGAGUUGUAAGGAAACAAAGAUUGACACGCAUGCCAGAAAUCUAGACUCAGAUCAAAUUUGAUUAAUGAUUCAUGUAAAUUCAUCAUUGUAGCAUUAAUAAAGUUGCAGAUCAAAACAGCACUACAGUAAUUGCGCGUUCGUACGGAGAACAUCGCUUAUUCACGGCAAUUAUUGUCAUUUUACCUUGUUGAAAUUUUCGACUGGAUGAAAACGGUACCUUGAAGUUAUUCAUUUUCUCGAAAUCUAAACGAUGAAAGGAUCCACUUUAUCACAAUAUUGUAAAUUGUGUUAGUGCUAGCUGAACAUGUUCAAAUUUGUUAGUAAUUCGAGAAGAAGGACGCGAUUCUUUUCUUAUCUUCAACAACUGAAUUUUUUUGACACAAAUGGCAGUUCCAACAUGCGUCACUAAACAAAUAUUGAACAGAUUAUUCAAAUUGAGACUGCUAGUUGACAGUGUUAUGAUUCUGUACUAUGUUAUCCGUCAAGUACAUUUGAGUUCCUACACAUCCGCUUAUAUGUGACGGCUUUCCUUGAAGGCAAAUACACUGACGAGGACGCGACAGAAAACAAGGUGAAGAGAGAGCGUACUCGAAUGACGACGUAGAAAAAGAGAAAAAUAAUAUUGAAUGGUAAUUCGAGCAUCAGUACCCUUUUCAUCGUAUUAGAUGUUAUUGAUUCAGAAGGAAAAGAAAAAGAAAGAAACAAAAUCUGUGCAGGGAGAAGAUUUAUGCACUUUGUCACCUAUUUCGUCACCACUAUAAGAGAAAAGCGUAUAAAUAACACAACAAAGAGCCGUUUGUAUUCAUUAUUUCAAAGUCUUUUCUAUCUAGUUCGCUUUCGAUCAAACACAUCAGCGACAAAUAAUGAGUAAGUUCAUAUCGCAUCUUACUGGCCAUAUGCCUCUAGGAUGAUCUCUGUGAGCUAAUAGGAUGCUUUGUAGAAUAUAUUUACGCCAAGAUCUUUACCAUUAUCAUCCAUUACGAUAACCACCUGAGAAGUGCACCUGAAAUAUAAAACGAAAUCUAUCGCUUUUAUAUAUCUCAAUGUUUGGUAAAGAAGCUUAAAGCUACGACAUCAAAUUUAUUGCAUGAACUUGAAAAAUAAUAUCAGAAAUUUCAAUGAGAACAGGUUAAGGAGAGUCUAUGACUCAAAAUAAAACAACUCAAAAAAAGCUUCAAUAGUUGUUUCGACUCUCCGUUGUGAAUGAAUCAUUUAUUCGUGUGUUUUUAAAUAGAUUUUAUCAGCAAACAAGUUGAAAAUAAAUUGGGUAUGGAUUUGAAUGGAGAUGGCAUGAUAGGUUCGGGUAGUGGUCAUGGAGCUUCUGGUGGUUACCGUUCACAAGGCCAAGGAGGUGGGGGCUUUAUUAAUCAAGCCGAAAGUAUUACACAUAUGGAUCUCAAUGGUGACGGAACUGUUGGUGGUAGAUCUGUUCAUCCCUCAAAUCCAAAUCAGUAUGGCGGGGUUGAAUGUGCUCCAAAUGCACAUCAAUCCAGUGGUGGAGGCUUGAUGAAUCAACUCGAAAACGUUACACAUAUGGAUCUGAAUAGGGACGGACGUGUCGGUGGUGGUUCUACUCAACCCUCAAAUUGCAGUUACCAGGGCCACAAGUACUAA